CACACACACACACAAAGAAUUAGAGAAGAAUGGGGGAUGGAAGAACGGUGAUGAAAGCAAUGCAAGAGCUAGAAGAACUCUACGGUGGCAUCCCAGAUGAGUCAGUUGAUCUCACCUUCAAAGACUUUGCAAGCAUGCAACAAGCUGAGCCUGAAGAGAAGAAGGUCAUCUCCAUGAAUCCCAAACUUCAUCAAGAAAUCACCCAACAAGACCAAGACAUGAAGAAGAAGAAGAAGAAGAAUAUAUCUGCAGAAUCAAAGAUACCUCACAGUACAAUAAUAUUCCAUGAACAAUACCACCUCAACAGUGUUAAUAAUAUUAAUCACAUGAUGAGUUCAGCUCAUUUGAGAGAAGAAGAAGAAGAAGAAGAAGAAGAGGAGAAAAAGCAAAGAGGAGGAAGAAGGAAGGCAAGGCCAGGAAUACCUCAUACUAAUUUAUGCUCCUUGUGUAACAGAUAUAUACACUUGUUUCGCCAUCGUUGCUUGGUUUGUGGGAGAGUUUACUGCAGGAACUGUGUACCAGUGGGCAUGGGAUCAAUGGCUGAAGGAAGAAAAUGUCUUGAUUGUUUGGGAAGAAGAUUUAGCCAAAAGUACAUUCAAAGGGCAGGAAACAGUGGGCCAUGCUGGACAUAUCCAAGUUCAGUGAAGCAGCAGGAGCUCAUUUGGGCAGAGAAGGGUCCGAGGAGCGGGAAAGGCGAACGGCGUUGAUCUAAUUAGAGGAGCUAGUUGA